AUUUGGCCGUGGAGAAGCAGACGCUGCCGACGACGAUGAGCAUCGACAAGCUGCAGCCGCUCGGCGACGCGCCGACGCUCGUGACGCGGCUCAUGCGCAUGGAGUCCUUCCUCGACGAGAGCAAGGCCUUCCCGCUGACGGUGGUGGCCGCGGCCGACCAUGGCGUCUACCAGCCGCUCUUUAUGGAGAAGGAGCUCUACGACAUGGAGCUCGACCCAUUCAACUUCGACUUGGACGCGCUCGAGCUGCCGUCCGACGAGAACGACCUGCCGCUGCUCAACUUUAAUGCCAACAUUGCCGACAUUCACACCUGCGACGCCACUAGCACGACGACAGGCGACAACCUCGACUGGACCAUGAUGUGUGCCAAGAAGGAAAUGGACCAGAUCACGCCGCUGCCCUACUCGUUUGGCCUCGACACCAUGCCGACCAAGGCCAAGGACUCACAGAAGCGCGUACCGCUAGCGCCGCGCGCGACGCCGCCGGCCGCGCAAACGUCCUUCUUGCCUGCCUCGAUGAUGCCGCCGACAAGCACGCCGUUGCGUGUCACAAUUCCCGUUGCAGACGUGGCCGACGACGAUAUGGACAACGACGACGGCGCCGACUCACCCAACUCGAGCGCGCGCAAGACAUGCACUCAUGCCGGCUGCAACAACCGCGCCCGAUCGCACCAGAAGUGCAAGAAGCACGGCGGCGCCCGUCAAUGCACCCAUGCGGGUUGCCUCAAGAACAGUCAAAGCCGCGGCCUGUGCAUCGCCCACGGCGGUGGCUCGCGCUGCCGCUUUGACGGCUGCCACCGCGCGUCGCAGUCGCGGGGGCUGUGCAAGUCGCACGGCGGUGGCAAGUUUUGCGCCGUCGACGGCUGCAAGAAGAAGGCGCAUCUCAAGCAACUGUGCCGCAUGCACGGUGGUUGUUGA